UUUUGCAGAAAGACUCCAGUAAACAAAAAACAUUUUGGAAAAACUGGCCACAAGCAGAACGAAAAGAUAAUAAUCUCCUGCUUUACAUCCCAAAAGAAUCUGUGAAAACUGAUAAUGUGACACUAUACAUAAUGGGUGGAAACUGCUCUAAGACACUACAAGCUGCAUCAUGUAUCCAGAAAGGACCUGUGUACACAAAGAGUCUCUGUGGAAGUAAUGCAGGAUAUAAUAAAGCCUACUGUGAAACUAUGACGUAUGAGGACAAGUACACAAUAAACGCAACUAAAGACAUCAGCUGUGUGAACUGCGACAACCCGAUCAAACAGCCUGAUGAGAAGAUUGAAGUGAAGAUUCCUUUGGAAAAGCCUUUGGAAAACGAGGACGGAGGAGUUGAUGCAUCUGCAGCUGUCGAACUGAUGAGUAAAAUGCAGAGUUUAAUAUCCCUAAUGAACGGGACGUCAGCUGAACUGUCAGUGGGGAAAGGAAUCGAGGGCAUAAUCGUGAAAAAAACAGACCCUGAACAGUUGGAUCAAGUUUCCUUUGCCUACAGAGACCCACAAGAAAGCCUAAAAAUCAUAGAAGACAGUGGAACUCUGGAGACAUUUUCCAGAUCUGUCACCGUGUCUCAAGAAGCUUUUCAAAAAGCAGUCAGCUCAAACAUCACCGUACCGUUUGCAGUUGUUCUGCGGAUCUUAAAUAUCAGUCAGGAUGAGAAUAACAGCACUUUACUUGGAAACGAAGUUCUCGCGAUUGACAUGGGAGCCGAAAUCAAGAACCUCACUGACACAAUAGACAUCAAUUUCAAGCAGCUAGCUUUCAAUAAACAGAUUCCAUCUUGUCACUCAUGGAAUGGCAACGGAAGUAAACCAAACUGGACUGAUGAAGGAUGUGAAACGAUUGUGAAUGGAAGCCACAUCAAAUGCCGAUGUUCACAUCUGACGUUCUUUGCUAUCCUGAUGACUCCCAUAAAUGAAACCAUCUCCAGCUCUGACCUGAACAUCCUCACCAUCAUCACGCAGGCUGGGUGCGGAUUGUCCAUUUUCUUUCUCGGCAUAAUCCUCUUCAUGUACUGCCUGAUAAGGAAGACGAAGGCCAGUACUUCCACACAGAUCCUCAUCCACCUGGUUUGUGCCUUGUUCCUGCUGAAUUUUACCUUCGUCAUCAAUCACUUUGUGGCGAAGCUGAACAGCGAUGUGGGUUGUGAGAUAAUGGCAGCGGUGAUGCAUUACUCCAUGUUGGCCACUUUCAGCUGGUUUGCUGCACAAAGCUUCCACCUCUGUCUGCAGCUGUACCGAGGAGGGAAUAUCGCAAUAAAGCGCUACCUGCUCAAAGUUUCUGUCACCACCUGGAUUCUACCAAGCAUAGUGGUGAUUAUCAUCGGCAGCCUGAAGAAAUAUGGGAAACAGACCAUCUACACUGAUAAUCCUGCGAACGACGUGGCAAUGUGCUGGAUUAACGACAAUAACAUCCAUUACAUCGUCAACGUUGGCUACUAUGCGGUGGUCUUCCUCUUCACCUUCACCACAGUCGUCAUCAUGUUAUCCUGGCUCUUUUGUAUGAAGAGAAGCAAAGCAGCGAACCAACAGGAAACAGGAAGUGGCAGGAAAAUAGUGAUCAUUCUGGGUCUGUGCUGUCAGCUGGGCGUCACGUGGGGCUUCGCCUUCUUCGCCUACGGUUCCUUUCGGAUGAUAGCCACCUACAUUUUCACAAUCCUCAACUCAUUUCAAGGGUUCUUCCUGUUCAUCUACUACUACAAGACAACCCGAGUCGGACCAGGCAGCGCCAAGGCCAAGGGAAACUCUGGAAGCUCCAACACCAGCAUCAGUACUCUUAAAACUGGACUGGAGUGUGUUGUGAACCCGUAUGUGAAUUUUGACAAACAAAAAGACACGUGAUCUGUGGUGGGACAGAGAAAUCAAAACUGCAACCAGUAGAAAAAGUGUACAGAGUAUCCAUGUAAAAUACUGUAAUUCUGUCUCCUGAUACUGAUUUUAUACACUAGGAUUAAAAACAUUUUGAUAAGAUAGACAUUUCUAAAGAUUUCAGGUUAAUCAUCCUGUUCAUUGUCUUGGGAAAACGGAGUAUCUUCAGUCAGAGGCUUUCUCAGAUUCGCUGUAAUACAGACUGCUACAAGAGAUCUUUCC